AAGAGCCGCCCCGGCCAUGCCGAGCCUCGCCGGGUUCCUGCGGGUGCGGGCGGCGCCGGUGCGGAGCGGCGGGGCCAUGCCCGGGAAGGGAAAAGCGGCCGCCAAGGGCCCCGCGGAGCCGGGCGCCGCCGCGGGGCCGGUGGCGGCGGCGGGCGGCGGCGCCGUGAGGGUGGCGGUGCGCGCCAAGCCCGGGGCUCGCUGCAGCGCCGUCACAGAUGUGACGGCUGAGGCAGUAGGUGUAGCUAUUGCUGCACCUCCAUCAGAAGGGGAGGCAAAUGCAGAGCUGUGCCGUUACCUGUCUAAGGUGCUUGAAGUGAAGAAGAGCGACGUUAUUUUAGAGAAGGGGGGUAAAUCACGUGACAAAGUGGUGAAGAUUUCAAUAUCAGCGACACCAGAUGAGAUUUUAGAAAAACUGAAAAAAGAAGCUUCCAGUUGACCUAGAACAAGAGUGGAAAUAGGAAGAAGCAUCUUGGUAUAUGGACUGAUAUUCUUUUUUACUUAAUGCAGUGCUGUUUAGAGUGUGGGUAAUGGCUACAGGAAGAUACUUCUUUCCCCUCCCUUUGUUAAUAUAGGUGCUGUACAAUUUAAGUUUUUCUGUAGGUUUGGUAAGAAAACUGAGGUUCUGUAUCUGCUUCUGUCACUACAGACUUCCUUCUGUUCUAGAUGGUUUCCUGGGGUAAGAUUUGUCCUCUUCCCUGGUCCCUAAACAAAUGGCUUAAGAAAUAUAUUUUUAAGGGGAGCAAACAUUGGUUAACAAAGUGAGGAGCUUAAAAGUAGAGAUUUGGUCAUAUAUAUCUUUGCCAAUUGUAUGUCACCUGUAAUGACUGUUUUUAAUAAAAGGGGCAAAAAGUAUUCUCAA